AUGCGCCAAACAGUCACACAACCCACACCCACGCAAGAACCCGUUGUCGAGACGCAAGCUGGUGGUAGUCAGAGAGCAUCGGGAAAAAAAGGGAGAACAAAAAAGAAAGCGAAAGAGGUCGUUGUCGAGACGAACGAAACGGAAGCACCUCCAACAUGGUGGACACCGGAGGAAGAGCAAGCGUUAGCGAUGGCUUGGUGCAGUACUUCAAAACAACCAACCAUGGGGAACGAUAUGAAGAGAGUUGCUUUUUGGGAUGCCGUAAUCGUCAAAUUCCGCACAAUUUUGAACAAGGGUGACAAGUAUCGCAAUAAUGAUAUGUUUAGUGGCAAAUGGACUCAAAUUAGCCGGAAGUGCACCAAAUUCAAUUCCAUAUACAACAAAAUUUCUUCGCAACGUCAAAGUGGUGCCAAUUAUUUCGAUGUGUUUAGAGCCGCGAGGGAAGAAUAUCACGUGCAAAUGGGACACGUAUUUGAGUAUGAAAAAGUAUGGGAGUUAGUGAGGAAAGAUCCAAAAUGGAUAAAAACGCCAACAUCAUCAGAACAACAAUCCAAAAGGUCUCGUGGUUCGGGUUCGGUUGACGUUUCCGACGGACACAUGAGCAUCGACCUCAACGCGGACACCGAUGAGAUCCCGGAUGAGUUUGAUGACAUCGAGGAAAUCUCUCCGCCACGACGACCUAUGGGGCGCGACAAAGCGAAACACGCUCAACGACAUGUGGAGAAGAAUGAAAGUUGGCUUCGAGAGCACGAGGAAAUGAAAAAAAAUUCGACGCCCACACGGGAAUCGCAAAUAAAAGAUACGAAUUGCAACUGGUGCAUUUGGAUUUCCUUCGUCAAGAAGCCCAAGAAGAUCGCAUAUCGAAGGAUUUGGCAAUUCUUACGACAAACGAACAAAAUUUACCACCGAGGCGAGCUGAAGUGA